UGUCCAUUCGCCAACUCUUGCGUAUAACACGUUCAUUUCUAGCCCCUCCAUAAUAAUAUUUUACACCUCUCUCUCUCUCUUCUUCGUUUUGAUUCUUCCUGCAAAUUAAUUUUCCGAUAGCCCCCAAAUAUUUCUUAGUUUGAUUUCGUGGUCUGCUUUGUAUCGAUGUCGGUUAAGACAGUGCAAGUGAGCAAUGUUUCUUUGGGUGCUAAAGAGCAAGAUAUCAAGGAGUUCUUUUCAUUCUCUGGGGAUAUUGAAUUUGUUGAGAUGAGAAGUGAUAAUGAGCGAUCUCUAGUUGCUUAUAUCACGUUCAAGGAUCCUCAGAGUGCAGAGACGGCAGUUCUUCUUUCGGGAGCUACAAUUGUUGAUCAGUCCAUCACAAUAGCCCUUGCACCCGAGUACAAGCUCCCACCUACAGCUUCAGUGUCACCACCUCCAACUGGAAGCACCAAUAUACCUGCUGCUGGUGGAUCAGCUAUUCAAAAAGCGGAAGACGUCGUCAGCAGCAUGUUGGCAAAAGGCUUUAUCUUGGGCAAGGACGCAGUUAGCAAAGCCAAGGCAUUAGAUGAGAAACACAAGAUCACAUCCACUACUUCAGCCAGAGUUGCUUCUUUAGACCAAAAAUAUGGCCUUAGCGAGAAAAUCACUACGGGAGCAACCAUAGUGAACCACAAAGUAAAAGAAAUGGACCAGAAGUUCCAAGUGUCCGAAAAGUCAAAAUCUGCUUUUGCAGCUGCUGAGCAGACGGUUAGCAAUGCUGGAUCCGCGAUCAUGAAGAACAGAUACGCUUUGACGGGGGUAACUUGGGCUGCGGGUGCUUUCAGUCGGGUCACUAAGGCUGCCGGGGAAGUGGGACAGAAGACGAAGGAAAAACUGGCUAAAGAAGAAAAGGGAAGAAAUUCAGCUAAAGGUUAUGUGCAAGAACAUGCUGAGUCCCAAACCGGAAUCAAGGAACCUACCAUUGAGUCCCAAACCGGAAUCAAGGAACCUGCAAAUGACUCCCAAACCGGAAUCAAGGAACCUGCAAAUGACUCCCAAACAGGAAUCCAGGAACUUACCGUUUCUUCUCUUCCCCCAAAAGCUUAACCUAAAGUAUUUUUAAAGUAAAUGCGCAAUUUACACUAGUUUGUUAUUUGAAUUGAGCAGGUCGAUAUAUAUGGUUGAUCAAGAUGUGUUAUACAUGGAAUAUUCUAUACGUUGGGACGUAAAAUAUUAUUACUGAAUUGGCUUGAGUUCAUAUGAUUAAUGAACUAGUCGCUUUUAAUCAUUA